AGUCAGGGCCCCUCUUGUAAUUGAACAUUGACCCACUAGGCUCUAUUUUAUCAUCCCACAUGAAAUUUACUAAAACUCCCUACUCCCUUCCCUCUUUCCAAAAUCCAAACCACCUCUCUCUCUCUUUCCGCUCACUAGAUCGAUCACCAGAGCCAACCCUCCGAGGACCUUGGCCUUCUCUUCAUCUCCCAUAUAUAUAAACACACAGGGCGCAAUUGAAAGUUGAUCUGAAUCUCACAUAUCAAGUAUACGAAAAAAGAAAAUGCUUUCGACUCCUCCCAAAUCUUCUGUCCUGCACCACAGAAUCAACGCCAACACCACAACCACCAAUACAGCGACAACGCAGUGCCAGAAGCGGUCUCCUCUGACCUGCGCCACCAAGGUGCCCGAAAACGUGGCACGCUUCCACACCCACGCCGUUGGGCCCGACCAGUGCUGCUCUGCCGUGAUCCAGGAGGUCGCCGCCCCCGUGUCGACCGUGUGGUCCGUUGUCCGCCGUUUCGAUAACCCGCAGGCCUACAAGCACUUCGUCAAGAGCUGCAACCUCAUCGGCGGUGAUGGCGAUGUUGGCACCCUCCGUGAAGUCCACGUCAUCUCGGGCUUGCCCGCCGCCCGCAGCACCGAGCGCUUAGAGAUUCUGGACGAAGAACGUCACGUCAUCAGCUUCAGCGUCGUCGGCGGUGAACAUCGCCUCGCCAACUACCGGUCCGUCACCACUCUCCACCCCACAACAUCGGGUAACGGCACCGUCGUGAUUGAGUCAUACGUUGUCGACGUCCCGCCGGGGAACACCAACGAGGAUACCUGCGUGUUCGUCGACACCAUCGUUCGCUGCAACCUCCAGUCGCUUGCCCAGAUCGCCGAAAACUUAACCAGACGAAACAAGUCAUCGUCAUGAAAGUAACUUUUCCCCGACUAUAUAUAUAAUACUAUAUUCUCUUAUCAAUGUCGUCGAUCAUUCGCCGUCGUUUUGGUGAUUAUCCUUUGUGAGUGAUAGAGCACUAGCUACUAGUUCUCUUCCCAUCUGCCACAUAAUAUUUCUCUUUCUGUAAUACAAAUCAUCAAGAUUAUUGUGACAUAUGCCUCCACCAGUCUUUGUUCUUUUCCUGUAAUUUUUUUUUGUAAUGCAGUCGAUGACUCGAUACGGCCAUGAGCUAACCUUUCCUUUGUCA